AUCAUAGUACUAUCUUCACAUUGUCUUAAUUUCCUUGAUAGACGUGUCCAAAAUGAAGGACUUCUGAAGCAAUUUUGUAAACUAGAAACUUAAAAGAGUAUUUUUGUUAAACGUAUUAAGUUAAAUAAAUAGCGCUUUUUUUGGUAGUGAAGCAUGGCAGGAAAUCUUGACUCGGGCUCCAGUAAAAGGAGUAAAAGUAAUAUUUCCCAAAUAUAUACCCGAUUAUCACAGAUACACCAAGCUGUCUUAGACAAAUGGGCCCCAAACAGCCAAAGUCGUUGGCUAUCAACGACCUUGCUGCUGUUGUUGUUCGUUCUUCGCGUAUUUCUCACACAGGGCUGGUACAUCGUUGCGUAUGCCUUAGGAAUAUAUCAUCUAAAUCUAUUUAUAUCGUUUCUCACGCCCAAAAUGGACCCAGCAUUGGAUUUUGAUGCUGAAGAAAACGGUCCAGAAUUGCCAAUGAGAGCGAACGAAGAGUUUCGACCAUUCAUUAGAAGAUUGCCAGAAUUCAAAUUUUGGUACUCAAUGAGUGUCACUACAUGUAUUGCAUUGAUAUGUACCUUCUUCGACUGCUUGAAUGUUCCAGUUUUCUGGCCAAUUCUAGUGAUGUAUUUUAUUACGCUUUUCUGUAUAACAAUGAAAAGGCAAAUUAUGCAUAUGAUAAAGUAUAGGUACCUGCCGUUUACUCACGGGAAGCCAAAAUACCAAACCAAUGAAACAGGCGAAGUCCAGAAUAUGUGAAGCAGUUCCAACAAAAACCGGUUCCUCUUCGGACACUCAGUCCAUUCACUUAUGAUCCAUUUUUUCAAAAGUUAUUGAUCGGUUUUUUUGGCGCUGAUAAGGGGCGAUCUUCAUUGUAAACAAGUUAGGACAAUGCGUCUGUUGUGCCCGUGAGUUACUCGGCCUAGUUGGAUUAUUUUCUCUUAAGUAAGGAAACGCUGGAUUGUAACGUGUGCGAAUGUCUGCUAAAAAUCGCCGCAGUUACAAUACCCGUUUAGAAAGUGCCACUUAUCAGUGCCAUAAUUAGUUCUUUUAACUACUCAUUAAGUAUCAAAUUUGCGUUCGGGAUUCGAAUACCAGUUUACUAUUCAAACUCAAAUUUUGAACUGAUUAACUAUUUCUUUGUAUCUUUUAUAUUAUUAGCUUCGUAAAGCAAUUUAGUAUUUAUAAUUGUAAACUUGAUAUUCAGUUAGUUGCAGACCUAAUGGCUUUCUAUGUAUAAAACGCUUGAUUGUUUCACGCUGUUGUACAUAAACUUACAUAAAUUAUAGAUCGUUAUGUAUGGUGGCCACAUUCAACUGGAAUUUAAUUUAAUAUAUGUUUCUCGUUUAAACAGA